GCUGUGGCUGUUGGCGGUGGCUCAAACAGAUCCUGUACACCAUCGUCAUGGACCCUUUCGUCGACCUUGGCAUCACCAUCUGCAUCGUCCUGAACACAGUCUUCAUGGCCAUGGAGCAUUAUCCAAUGACGGAGGAGUUUGAGGAGCUUCUGAGCAUCGGAAAUCUGGUCUUCACAGGGAUCUUUACAGCUGAAAUGGUCCUCAAACUCCUGGCCAUGGACCCGUACUACUACUUCCAGGUGGGCUGGAACAUCUUUGACAGCAUCAUCGUCACCAUGAGUCUGGUGGAGCUGGGACUGGCUAACGUUCAGGGCUUAUCUGUGCUGCGCUCCUUCCGAUUGAUGCGGGUGUUUAAGCUUGCCAAGUCGUGGCCGACCCUCAACAUGCUGAUCAAGAUCAUCGGGAACUCGGUGGGGGCUCUGGGGAACCUGACUCUGGUGCUCGCCAUCAUCGUCUUCAUCUUCGCCGUCGUCGGCAUGCAGCUGUUCGGGAAGAACUACAAAGACUGCGUCUGUCGCAUCUCACUCGACUGCGAGCUUCCACGCUGGCACAUGUACGACUUCUUCCACGCCUUCCUCAUCAUCUUCAGAGUCCUGUGCGGAGAGUGGAUCGAAACCAUGUGGGACUGCAUGGAGGUCUCGGGUCAGGCCAUGUGCCUGAUCGUCUUCAUGAUGGUCCUGGUCAUUGGAAACCUGGUGGUCCUAAACUUGUUCCUGGCGCUGUUGCUGAGCUCCUUCAGUGGUGAUAAUCUUGCAGCUCCAGAAGAAGAAGGAGAAAACAACCUGCAGAUCGCCAUAAACCGGAUUAAUAGAGCCGUGGCCUGGACCAAGAACUGGAUUUUGGAACAGAUCUGGACUUUAAUGGGAAAGAAGAACCAUGUCACCCCAGAACACAAUGCGGUCGAAAGUGAGGAAGACAAUAAGACAACGAAGGAGCUUUUGGCUUUGACCUUUGUGAGCUCUGACCAGCUGGGGUCAGAGGUCAAGUCCCCCAAACAUGGUGAUGGCAAGCUGUCCAGCAACUACCGCAGCAUCGCCUGCCUCAGGGUCCCCAUCGCCGAGGCCGAGUCUGACUUUGAGACUCCUGACGAUGACGAUGAUGAUGAAGAGGAGGAAGAGGAGGAAGAGGAGGAGGAGGAGGAGGAGGAAAAGCGCUCCCUGUGUGACGAGUCGUCGGUCUGCAGCACGGUGCAGAAACUUCCUGAUGUUCAGGAGGACAAAGACGAUGAAGAUGUCGAUGAGAGCGCACCUGUGGACUGCUGCAGUGAAAAGUGUUACCGACGCUGUCCGCUCCUGGACAUAGACACAUCCCAGGGCAGAGGGAAGGUGUGGUCUAACGUCAGGAGAACCUGUUUCUCCAUCGUCGAGCACAACUACUUUGAGACCUUCAUCAUCUUCAUGAUCCUGCUGAGCAGCGGCGCGCUGGCGUUUGAGGACAUCUACCUGGAGCAGCGGCGGGCCAUAAAGACGGUCCUGGAGUACGCAGACCAGGUGUUCACCUACGUGUUCGUGGUGGAGAUGGUCCUGAAGUGGGUCGCCUACGGAUUCAAGACGUACUUCACCAACGCCUGGUGCUGGCUCGACUUCCUCAUUGUAGACGUGUCUCUGGUGUCUCUGACAGCCAACAUCCUGGGAUACUCCGAGCUGGGGGCCAUCAAGUCUCUGAGGACUCUGAGAGCUCUGAGGCCCCUGAGGGCCCUGUCCCGCUUCGAGGGCAUGAGGGUGGUGGUGAACGCCCUGGUCGGAGCGAUCCCGUCCAUCUUUAACGUGCUGCUGGUGUGUCUGAUCUUCUGGCUGAUUUUCAGCAUCAUGGGCGUCAACCUGUUUGCAGGAAAGUUUUAUUUCUGUUUUAACGAGACGUCGCAGGAGGUGUUUAACCAUGAAGUCGUCAACAACCGCAGCGAGUGUUUGUCUCUGAUCGAGGCCAACUCCACCGAGGUCCGCUGGAAGAACAUCAAGGUCAACUACGACAACGUGGGGAUGGGUUACCUGUCUCUGCUGCAGGUGGCCACAUUUAAAGGCUGGAUGGAUAUCAUGUAUGCCGCCGUGGACUCCAGAGACGUGGAGCUCCAGCCGAUAUAUGAGGACAAUCUGUACAUGUACAUUUACUUUGUCAUCUUCAUCAUCUUCGGCUCCUUCUUCACUCUCAACCUCUUCAUCGGAGUCAUCAUUGACAACUUCAACCAGCAAAAAUCAAAGUUGGGAGGAACAGAUAUUUUCAUGACGGAAGAGCAGAAGAAAUAUUACAACGCCAUGAAGAAACUGGGCUCCAAGAAACCUCAGAAACCGGUUCCCCGACCCGAGAAUAAGUUCCAGGGUCUGGUCUUCGACCUGGUGACCACGCAGGUCUUCGACAUCUUCAUCAUGGUGCUGAUCUGCCUCAACAUGGUGACCAUGAUGGUGGAGACGGACGAGCAGAGCGCUGACAAAGAGCAGAUCCUGUACUGGGUCAACCUCGUCUUCAUUGUGAUCUUCACCUCCGAGUGCGGCCUCAAGGUCAUCGCGCUCCGCCAGCACUACUUCGCCGUUGGCUGGAACAUCUUUGACUUUGUGGUCGUCAUCCUGUCGAUUGUAGGCCUCCUCCUCGCUGACAUCAUUGAAAAGUAUUUCGUCUCACCGACGCUCUUCCGUGUAAUCCGAUUGGCUCGUAUCGGCCGAGUCCUUCGUCUCAUUCGCGGGGCAAAGGGGAUCCGGACUCUGCUGUUCGCCCUGAUGAUGUCACUUCCUGCCCUGUUUAACAUCGGUCUGCUCCUCUUCCUCAUCAUGUUCAUCUUCUCCAUCUUCGGCAUGUCCAACUUUGCGUACGUGAGGAAAGAGGCCAUGAUCGACGACAUGUUUAACUUUGAGACGUUUGGGAACAGCAUGAUCUGCCUGUUCAUGAUCACUACGUCGGCUGGAUGGGACGGGCUGCUCAAUCCCAUCAUGAACACGCCGCCAGACUGCGACCCCGACCUGGAAAAUCCCGGGUCGACGGUCCGAGGGGAUUGCGGCAGCCCGGCCAUCGGCAUCGUCUUCUUCACCACCUACAUCAUCAUGUCCUUCCUGGUGGUGGUCAACAUGUACAUCGCCAUCAUCCUGGAGAACUUCAACGUGGCGACAGAAGAGAGCGCCGACCCGCUGUGCGAGGACGACUUCGAGAUGUUUUAUGAAACCUGGGAGAAGUUUGACCCCGACGCCUCCCAGUUUAUCCAGUACGGUAAACUGUCCGAAUUCUGCGAUACUCUGAAGGAUCCUCUGAGGAUCCCCAAACCCAACACCAUCAAACUGAUCCACAUGGACCUGCCCCUUGUCCCCGGAGACAAGAUCCACUGUCUGGACAUCCUGCUGGCCCUCACUGCACAGGUUUUGGGUGAAUCAGGAGAAAUGGACACUCUCAAAGCAAGCAUGGAGGAGAAGUUCAUGGCCAACAACCCCUCCAAGGUGUCGUAUGAACCAAUCAGUAGCACUCUGCGGAGGAAGCAGGAAGAGGUGGCGGCGAUGGUGAUCCAGAGAGCGUACAGGAAACAUCUCCUGCAGCGGACCGUCAAACUGGCGUCCUACAAAUACAGAGAGAAGAAGGAGGGACGGCGAGACGAGAAGCCACCGCCCGAGGCGGAGGGACUCCUGCGUAAACGAAUCAGUCAGCUGUAUGGAGACGGCGAGGAGACAGACAAGCCCGUCUCAGGGGACGCACCUCGCCCCCGGGUGGAGCUUCAGAGUGAGUUUCUCCUCCAUGCCGCUCCUCCCCCAAACACCUUUGACUUCCUGCGAGAUGAGAGCCUGCGGGAGUCAAUGGUCUGAUGUUCAGUGACUCGGAGACGGAUUAGUUCCUGAACCACCGACGACUCUCGACGGUCCGCCGCCGGUUCUCUUCUUCUGGCUUCGCACGUGUCAUUUCCAGUGUGCACUGACGGUUUCUGGAAGGGUUUUUUUUUUUUGGCUUGCUGAGACACUUUGACAUCACUUCCUGUUAUCAGACCAGGUGACUCUCACCUGUCAGUCGGCUGAUCACUGCGAUGCUUCGACCACAAACCUGUUUGAUGAACAUUUCAGGUGACCAAUCGCGUCACAUGACCACCAAGCAGCCAAUCAGAGCUCAGAGUGAAGCAGCCAAUCAG